AUGGAAUCAGAUUUAUCUUCCAAAAUAGUAGCACUCCUUCAAACCACUUUUUCCUCCAAAAAUAGUGAAGAAAUAAAGCUCGCUGAAGCUGAACUCAACAACUUAAGCCAGAACCAGCAAGACUACUUGCAGGCCUUAUUAUACAUAAUCACUACCUCUCAUCCCUAUCUCACUGACAAAAUCAAGAACUCAGCAAGUAUAAAUCUCAAAAAAUUCGUUCGACAAAUAAUUGAAGGAAAAGCUAUCACUCCAGCAAUGCGAGAAUCCUUGGCCAGAUCAAUUUAUAACACAAUUACAGCACCAGGAAUUGAUCCAUCCAUAAGGAGUUCUUUAGGCUAUGCAUUAGUCCCUAUUUUUGGGUCUGAUAUUUCUGAUCCUGAGUCAAGCACAUUGGCAAGCUUAUUGCCGUCUAUUGGGCUUUCUUUAAACGAAAAUAAUGUGGCUUCUAUAUAUGGAGCAUUGAAAUCAGUCAAAGCUAUUUAUAGUGUUUUUACAGAAAAUCCUAUCCUUUUGCCGAUUUUUAAACAGCUUUUAGACCCAUUACUUACUGUUGGAUAUAAAGCUUUAGAAGCUUUAAAAGUUUCAGUAGAAACAAGUAAUGAACAAAACAGUUUAGAAUCAUGUGAAAUUUUACAUGAAUGGGCUUCAACUAUUACAGCGGUUCUGGAGCAUUUUGAAAUUACCUCGAGGCCAAGUAUGGCAGAAAUAAAAGAUUUGACGAUUCUUGCUGAGCGUUUUGGGAAUAUUUUGAAUUUUGUGCUACCUGAUAGUAAUUUAGCUCAGCCUUCAUUGAUAUGUGUGGCUACACAGAUUGUGCAUUGCAAGCUUAAUCAGACGAAAUCACUAAUUUUGCAAAGUGUUAAUUUAAACUUAUGAGAUAAAAUUUUAAAUAUAAUUAAUACGUAUUAAGCCAAUAAUAAAUUAAGUUAAAAUCUAUCAAAUACAGUAUAAUUUUUACAAUUUUUGUUAGAGAGCAAAAAGAAGCAUAUGGAAGAUAAAGGGAUUGAAAAAGUUAUGAGCUUAGUUGGAGCUGAAGCGCCAGACUCCCCGUUUCUACAUAUGAUUUUUAGCAUAAUAGAGCCUCUAGUCCGCUCUCUACAUAUGAUCGUUUCGCAUCCUAAAUACGACAGCUUGCUACAAACAGAGUAUAUCUCAGAUAUUGUGAACGAAGUUUUGUUAGUUCUAAGCAAAGUCGCCCAUGAUCAGAGAUUCUCAAACUUUUUCUUAAUGAAUUACAAAGGAAUUAUUAUAGAAAUUUUACUUCCACUAUUAAUGUCGAGCUCAAGUGACAUUGACAAAUUUGAAAAUACCCCUGAAGAAUUUGUCAGUUUUUCUCGAGAUAUCUGUGAAACCCAAGAGUCUGAUAUGUAUAAAGCAUCAGCCGCAAUAUUUCUUGAAAAACUAGCAGAAAAAGUUGACGGGACCCUCAGCUUUACUGUUAAUUUUUUAUCACAUUUGAUCGAUAUGACUAUAACAAGGUCAAAUCCUGAUUCUGACAUAUAUUUAUCUGAUUUUCAGCAUACAUAUUUUUUAAAAGCAAGCGAAGAAGCUAGAAUUGAGACAAGUUUAUAUGCAUUUUGUGUACUUUCAUAUGGAAUUAGUAAGCGUCAUGAUUUAUUAAAAGCUAUCGAGCUUGUAAUUGGGUCACAUUUUCUUGUGUUUAGCUUAGCAACUGAAGGGUUGAUUCAAAAUCGUUUUUGUAUGCUAGUGCAUUAUUUUGCUGAAGUCAUUUUUUAUUCCAGCCCAGAAAGCUAUAAUGGACUUGUUACAAUUUUACUUAAAUUCUGCAAUCCUAAUACAUCACCUAAAGCGGUCACUUUACAAGCUUCAGAGACGCUGAGUUAUAUGCUUCAAGAGGAGUCUAUUCUAAUUAGACUUGAAGCGUUAAUUCCUAAUAUUAUUACAACUUUUAUAUAUCUUAUACCAUUACAACAAAAUAAAGGAUUUUUUGAAGCAAUGCAAGAAAUAAUUACAGGAAACACUGAUGCAGUUUUCCCUCACUUAGAUCGAUUAAUCCCGGCGUUAGUCUGCAAAAUUCAAUCAGAGAUGCAGCACAAAAGCGAAUCUAAAAAAAAGAAAAAAAGUUCAAUCAUAGUAGUAAAAUGUUGGAAUAUUAUAAGGAUAAUUGCAGAAGCCAAAGAAAUGAGUGUAGAAAACGUAAUGGAAUUAGAGUAUGCCCUCUUACCGCUUUUUAACUAUAUGCAAAAUCCUGCUGAUAUUGACUUUGAAGAUGAUAUCAUUUUAUUUGAGGUGUCUUUAAUAAGAAAAUGCCAAGCAGUCAGCCAAGUUGGCUGGGUUUUAUUAAACCAGCUGAAUUUAGUCCAAGAAAAAUACGAAGGCACCUUUAUUCAGCUCUUUCCUAUCCUAAAUUGCUAUUUAUUUUACGGGAGAGAGCACUUUGCAGAGAACCCUCAGCUGAUAAAAAAAGUCAUUGAUAUGUGCAAGGUUUGCAUGUUUUCUUCAUACAAAGGCAAAAUAAAUGAAGCGACUAAUGCAGAAGGAGCUCUAUUAAUUCAGCAAGUCUUGCAGAUGUACCCUGGAAUGGUAGAUUCUUAUCUUUUUGAUAUAAUUUCUACCACACUUGUAAGGCUUAAUAGUGAUGUGAAUCACAGCUUCUUUAAGGCUAGGCUAUUAGGAGUUAUUUUAUCAUCAUUUACUUACAACUGUCAACUGACUUUUCAAAUCCUAACGUCAUCAGCAAACACAGCUGGGGAAACCAAUCUAGAUUACAUUAUCACACAAAUUCUGCUUAAGCCAGAAAUAUUUUCGCAUCAAUAUGACAGAAAAAUUGCAGCUUUAGGCUUGUCAACGAUUAUAACACAAGAAGUUUUGCCUCAAGAAAUUAAUAAGAAAAUAUCUGAAAUUUUUAAAGCUCUUAUUGAGAUAUUGAGCCUAAGCCAAAAGAAAUCACCUUUUGUACAGAAAAAAGAUGAUAUGAUGGUGGAAGAUGGAAAAUCAGGAGAUAGCUCUGAUGAUGAUUUAGAUUCAAAUAUUAGAAAUAAAAUAUUUUCAGAUAUUGGUACUGAAGAAAUGGAAGCUCUUUUGGCACUUACUACUUAUAUUAGUCCUGUGCUAGCAAUUGAUGAGUAUGAAAAUUUCAGAGGCUUAAUUAAAAAUUUUGCACAAAAUUCGCCUGAAUUAAAUUUAAAUUAAAUCGGAUUGAUGUUCCAGAUUUUAUACCACCGCACGCUUUCGACAACUGGGCCCUUGCUUGCCAGGGGAAGCAUCGGUUGCCUGUGCCCUAUCAGCAACAGUCUUCUCCCCAGGACUAAGAGCUUGCACUGCAUCCCUGAGUUUCGAUGGGCUAGAAGGCCCCUCUGUGCUGAACAUCUUUCAGGAUCUAUAGAGGUAAAGGCUAGCCCGAUGUCUCCUACCGGCUACCUUGAGGAAUUGUAACACCUAGGAAAAAAGAAUCGCAGCUCUCCGGAGCUGGUAGGGAAAGAAACCCAUAACCAAAAAACUAUCCGGAUAAUCAAUACCUGAACUGGAAUGACCACACAGCUGACUCCCAAAGUUAUCCACCCCAUACGGCUGCCAUACAGUAAGCUUAGAGUUAGAAUCAAAGAGCCUAAACCUUAGAUUAGGCUAUAAAGCCCUGUUUUGCGCCCAAAGUGGUGCGUCGUGGGCAAAGACAUAUUUUAUAGCCACCAUCAUAUUAUAUUCGCCUCUAGGGUUGAAGUCCAUGUUGGAAAAAUUGUCAAAGAUUCAAGUAGAAGAAUUGACAAAUGUACUCCAGUGCAAAAAAGUGCAGCUUACUGGAUUUUCGCUAGCUACUGCAGAUGUGAGAAGAAUCGUAAAGCCAAGAAAGCAUCAAAUUAAUAACCCAUAA